AUGUCGCUGUAUGGUCUGGGGCAGCUGUGGCGGGGCCCCCUGCCCGCCAUAGAGCCGGCCCUGCUCGAGGGCACUGCCCUUUGGCUGCAGAUCGGUGCUCGCUGCUCGCUGGACUCCCUCGCCCCGCAGCAUGGACCCGGCUCGCCGCCUGCUGCCCCUGGGUUCUGCAUCGCCCUGUGCCUGAGGGGCACCGUGGCCCAGAAUCAUGGCAUACAAGGUACCACUGAGGACUGCAACAGCCAUAUGCUGUGCCCAGCAAACGCCACGUGUGUGAACAACACCCACUGCACCUGCCUGGAUGGAUACGAGACAAGAGAGAAUCACCCCAUCUUCUUCACCGACCCAACAGAGAUCUGUGACGAUAUUAACGAGUGUCUGGGGCCGAGCCCGCCAGACUGCGGACGCAACACACACUGCGCCAACGUGGCUGGGAGUUACUCCUGCACCUGCAUCGAUGGCUACGAGCCCAGCUCUGGGAAAGCCAACUUCACGAACGCGAGUGAGAACACCUGCCAGGACAUUGACGAGUGCCAGCGAAACACCACAAUCUGUGAGCCCCACGGGACCUGCAUCAACAUGCCAGGGAGUUACAUGUGUAAAUGCAGUGAGAGAUUUGGGAAGAGUCAAAAGGAUCCGUCUCAGAUCUGCACAGACAUUGAUGAGUGCAACAAGACCCGAGAUAUCUGCGGCCCCAACGCCACGUGUAUCAACACCAAUGGGAGCUACCGGUGUAAAUGCUGGAUCGGCUACAUCCCCUUCAACGGGAGCACGACUCUGUGCCAAGAGCUCACCUGCCCCCAGCUGCUGGAUGAUGACAACUCUGCCGAAGCCAAGAACCUCCAGGGCAGCUUCCAGGCACAGAUGGGACGUCUCUGCAAGGCGGCGCUGGAGGAGCUGAAGCAGAUGAACUCUCAGAACGCCGAAGAGAAGCCGCAGGGCUUCUUGGACAUUCUGGAGAAGGAGAUAAAUCUGGUUGAGGAGCAGAGCGAGAGCGUGGAGCAGAGACACCGGAGCGCGACGGUGCUGAUGGCCACAGUGGAGAAGCUGCUGAGGAAGCUGGCCAUGACCCUGCGUGACAGAAUGAUGAGAUUCGCACCCACCAAGAGCACAGAGCUGGGGCUGGCGGUCAGGCAGGCUGGGAACCAGAGCCAGGAGACCGUGACGCUGCAGCAGAGCAAGAUGCAGAUGGAAUUAAACUGGGCCGGAGCCCCCGGGCAGGAAAAUGAAGGCUUCACGCUGGCCGGGCUGCUGACAUGCCAGAGGAUGAGUCCCAUCCUGGACGGUGCUGGGCGGGUGGAGAUGCCCAAGUGGGACGAGAUCGGCCAGACGGGGAAGCAGGCGCAGGAGCCGGGGCGGCCCAGCUACCGUGUGCUGUCUCCAGUGGCGUCGGCCUUCAUCAGUGACCCGAACCCCCAGGCACUCGGCCUCUCCGUCAGCAUCCGCUUCAGCCACCCGGUGCCGGAGAACAAGACCGACCUGCGCCUCCUCUGCGCCUACUGGGAGCCUGACAGCAGGCGCUGGGCCACCCACGGCUGCACCCUGCAGAACUUGACCACCAACAGCACCCGCUGCCAGUGCAACCACCUGGCCAGCUUCGCCGUGCUCAUGGCCUUCUACGAGCUGGAGGACUGGACCCUGGACGUCAUCACCAAGGUGGGGCUGGUGAUCUCGCUGCUGUGCCUGCUGCUGUCCAUCAUCACCUUCCUCUUCUGCCGCGCCCUCAAGGGCCCCCGCACCACCAUCCACCUGCACCUCUGCCUGGCGCUCUUCAUCGCCUACACCGUCUUCCUCAUCGGCAUCUCCAGCACCGGCAACAGGGUGGUGUGCGGCGUGGUGGCCGGGCUCCUGCACUAUUUCUUCCUGGCCGCCUUCUGCUGGAUGUGCCUGGAGGGCGCCGAGCUCUACCUGCUGGUGGUUCAGGUCUUCACCCCCCACGGCCUCAGGCGCCGCUACAUGUUCCUGUUGGGCUACGGCGUGCCGGCCCUCAUCGUGGGCAUCUCGGCCACCACCUACAGCGAGGGCUACGGCACGGCGCGCCAGUCCAUUGUGGCCACCGAGGGCGCGGAUCUCUUCGCGGAGCCCCUGCUGCACAAUCCCGAUCUCGGUGUGCAGGUGGCGGAGUCACCCUCAACAGUGCAGCAGGAAGAUGAAGAGCCCCUGCAGGCUGUUGAGGAUGGUGAAGAUGUAGGAGACGACCAGGGUGCGCUGGUUGAACUGGAACAGGCCGAAGAUCCAGGUGGUGCCCAGGACGCAGAGCUGGGCGAUGGCCGUGAUGGUGAGCACCCUGCGGGGGAGGGGGACCUGGGGGGGCACAUGAGUAACGAGAUGUCAUCCCCCCAUGUGGUGCUCACCAUCACGGCCAUCGCCCAGCUCUGCGUCCUGGGCACCACCUGGAUCUUCGGCCUGUUCCAGUUCAACCAGCGCAGCCUGGUCGUCUCCUACAUCUUCACCAUCCUCAACAGCCUGCAGGGGCUCUUCAUCUUCCUGCUGCACUGUCUGCUCAAGAAACAGGUGAGGGACGAGUACCGCAGGUGGCUGAGCUGCGGCGGCCUCAAGAGACCGGCCAAGAACUCCGACUUCUCCAGCUCGACCACCUCGCGGACUGAAGAGCCCAUGAUCACAGUCCCUAUAGACUGA